AUGGCUGAAGCGAGUCUCUUCAUCAAACACGAAUCCGACGACCGCACACCCUUCAUAAUGUCGCACACUGGUUAUUCGAUGGGUAAUCAAUUCCCCAACGAUGGAGUCGACCCAUCGGACUUGACCAUGCAGCAACAGAAUGGCUUCAUGCCUUACUCUUAUGGUUCGCAACAGAAUAUGUCAUCCAGUUUCAACUUCGGAAACUCUGGUAUUGACACAGACGAGCUGCUGGAUCUCGAGAUCAGUGGUCAGAAUGGUCAUCAGCGAGAUAACGUGAACUAUCUUCAGGACCAGUCUGCCGGUGGCAUCGCCAUGAGUCACCAGAGCCAGAUGUCACACAUGUAUUCAAAUACCCCCGACAACGCUCCGAUGGCCAGUCCAUUUGUUCAGAACAGCUUCAACUAUGAGCAGUACCGGAUGAACCAGCAAAAUUCUCACAUUCAUAAUGCCAGUUCUUUCGACCAGAACUACCUCGGCGCAAAACGCCAGAGCUUGCAUGGCAUGGACCGCACUUCAUCUGACGGUCGCAGCCCGAUGACCCCGAAGACUCCAGCACUGGGCUCCUUGACUUUGGGUACUCCUGAAUCAGGCAGCUUCCCAUCUCAGCCGAUCCGAACCGGCCUCCAAGCUCGCCACCAGAAAAACCUCUCCAAUCAGUGGGACGGAACCCCCGGUAGUGCCCAAUCGUAUGUCGAGUCCUCUCCAAUCUCAUCUCCUCCUCUGCAAUCACACCACACCGGCAUCUCGGAGAUCCUCAAGUCCGGCAAGCAUGCUUCGCUGCCUGCUAAGGUGGACACCCAUCUCCCUGGCAGUGGUGGAGAUCUCGAAUCCCAGGAAGCUAAGCGCCGACGACGCCGUGCCUCACACAACCUGGUCGAACGCCGAAGACGCGACAACAUCAACGAACGCAUCCAGGAUCUCUCUCACCUCGUCCCACAGCACCGACUGGAAGACGACAAGGUCCGAAAGCAACUGGUGAACAGCAGCGCUCUUUCCAUGGCCGGCGCAGGCGGAAGUGCCGCCACAUCUCUUCUCGCCGGAGGGAACGGUCGCCGCGCAACACCCGGUAACAUCACAAUGGGUCUCCCGAUUGAAGAGAAGGAGAAAGGCCCCAACAAGGGUGACAUCCUCAAUGGUGCUGUCAGCUGGACGCGCGAUCUUAUGUGGGCCCUGCACGUGAAGUACCAACAGGAGGCGGAACUUGCCGAGCUGAUCGCCAGCCUCGGUGGAACCUGGCCAUUUGAGCAAACCGAAGAAGAGAAACGAAUGCGCAGUGAGAUCCUCGAUGCACUGGAGAAGAACGAUCCAACUUCUUUCAGUUAUACCCGCGGACCAGGUAGCGGUCUGCGUGUCCCCAAGCACACUAACAUCGCCGGCGAUGCCGUGCAGGGCGGCGACAUGUCGGGCCUGACCCCUCCCAGCCUGAGCCCUUCCUUCCACAGCGGUGCCAGCAGUGCCAAUGGCGCUGGUCAGCCGCAGUACUGGAAUAGUGCUGGCCAUGCUGCUAUGAGCUUCAAGGAGGAGGACGAGUACGGCAUGGACAUGGGCUAA